AGUACGGUGGCAGGAAAGAGAGCGAGUGGCACAUCCAUGACUGAUAGCUGGAGGACAGAGGUGACCUGGACUCUGAGAGGGAACGGUGGCUGAGAAAUAAUGAUACCUGCUAGGGUGCAGCUUCUGCUGAAUCCUGGGGACUUCCCCUUGAUUGUUUACUGCAGUUGGUGAAAGUCUUAGCUUCUUAUUAUCAGUACUCUUUGUGCGAUAUUAGGUGAAUUGAUCAGUAAUUGACUUGUUAAAUGGUUCAAGUUCAAGUGUUUUGGUGUGAGGGAGGCAUAGUCUUCACCUGCUUGGCCAGUUGGUUGUCAGUAAACCUCCCAAUUCCGGAGGUAGGAGUCCUCUAACAAUCUUCUGCGGUUACAGGUACACUGCAUUGUUCCUUCUCUCCGCGGUGGUCUCACAUCUGAAACAUGGCUACGGAUUGGCUGGGCAGUAUUGUGUCCAUCAACUGUGGAGAUAGCUUGGGUGUCUAUCAGGGAAGAGUAUCAGCAGUGGAUCAGGUCAGCCAGACCAUUUCUCUCACCCGGCCUUUCCACAAUGGAGUGAAGUGCCUUGUGCCAGAAGUCACUUUCAGGGCAGGUGACAUAACGGAAUUAAAAAUUCUGGAGAUACCAGGUCCUGGAGAAAACCAACAUUUUGGAGACCUUCAUCAGACAGAAUUAGGCCCCUCUGGUGUUGGGUGCCAAGUAGGUGUCAAUCAGAAUGGCACGGGCAAGUUGGUCAAGAAGCCAGCCUCUUCCAGCAGUGCCCCUCAGAACAUCCCUAAGAGGACAGAUGUGAAGAGCCAAGAUGUUGCCGUCUCUCCCCAGCAGCAGUGCUCAAAGAGCUAUGUGGACAGGCACAUGGAAUCCUUGAGUCAGUCCAAAAGUUUCCGUCGUCGGCACAACUCUUGGUCAUCUAGUAGCAGGCACCCAAAUCAGGCAACUCCAAAGAAAAGUGGCUUAAAGAAUGGCCAGAUGAAGAAUAAAGAUGACGAGUGCUUUGGGGAUGAUAUUGAGGAGAUCCCAGAUACAGAUUUUGAUUUUGAAGGGAACCUGGCCCUUUUUGACAAAGCAGCUGUGUUUGAGGAGAUUGAUACUUAUGAGAGGAGAAGUGGUACCCGUUCCCGGGGCAUCCCAAAUGAGAGGCCUACUCGGUACCGCCAUGAUGAGAACAUCCUGGAGUCAGAGCCCAUCGUCUAUCGUCGGAUCACAGUGCCCCACAACGUGAGCAAGGAGUUCUGCACAGACUCUGGCCUGGUUGUCCCAAGUAUUUCCUAUGAGCUGCAUAAAAAGCUGUUGUCUGUGGCUGAGAAGCAUGGCUUGACUCUGGAGCGGAGACUGGAGAUGACAGGCGUGUGUGCCAGUCAGAUGGCACUGACCCUACUCGGAGGACCCAACAGGUUGAAUCCCAAAAAUGUUCACCAGAGGCCUACGGUGGCCCUGCUAUGUGGGCCGCAUGUGAAGGGGGCUCAGGGUAUCAGCUGUGGGAGGCACCUAGCCAACCAUGAUGUCCAGGUCAUCCUCUUCCUGCCCAACUUCGUGAAGAUGCUGGAAUCCAUUACCAACGAACUGUCUCUCUUCAGCAAGACCCAGGGCCAACAAGUGUCUAGCCUCAAAGAUCUGCCCACCAGCCCUGUGGACCUGGUGAUCAACUGCCUGGAUUGUCCCGAGAAUGCCUUCUUGCGGGAUCAGCCCUGGUACAAAGCAGCUGUGGCCUGGGCCAACCAGAACCGGGCACCAGUACUCAGCAUAGACCCUCCUGUGCAUGAAGUCGAACAGGGCAUCGAUGCCAAGUGGUCACUGGCUCUGGGCCUACCUCUGCCUCUGGGGGAGCACGCAGGCCGCGUCUAUUUGUGCGACAUCGGCAUUCCCCAGCAGGUAUUCCAGGAGGUGGGCAUCAGCUACCACUCGCCCUUUGGCUGCAAAUUUGUCAUCCCAUUGCACUCUGCCUAGAAGGGCUCUGGGCAGGCUGGACCCUGCAGUCCCCUGCUGCUCCUGACAACGAACGCCUUAAGGAUGUGAAGCUUCAUGGAUCUUGUUGUUAAGUUUUUUCUCUUUUUGGUUUCUUUCUUUGAGAGAACAGCUCAUAUUUAAAACGGACUUGUCACCUGCCCUUAGCCAGGGAAGGCUUUCUCACUGGGUGUGCGGGGCGAGUGGCAGGCUCGCUGCACAGUGGCUCCAGGCAUCGCUACACUCGGCCCCCUGCGUGAUCAGGUGGGGCUUUGUUUACAGACAUAGGCAGCUCACAGACUGUGUGUCAGGUUUACAGCCACUGGGCCUGGGCGAGCGCCUCGCGGGGUGGGGCAGCCCUGUUUGGGGCCUGAGCUGGCUCUGGUGCCGAGCUGGCUCUGUCUCCCUUGCUUCCCUCACAACCCCAGCUAAGCGGCCCUUCCUCAGAUCUUGUAGAACUGGCUGCGCUGCAGUUGUCCACUAGAGGGCACACUUGCAGUCUCCGUUCCGUUGAGGGCUUUGAGGCCUUCCCUCAGCCCCGCCACAGGUUGAUUUGGGGGCUUUUGACCCUUUCUCUUGAGCUGAUCCAAGUUUUAUGCUGGGGUUUUUUUUUCAAGUUUUUUUCCACUCCAUCACUCUGGGAGGCAGGGAAGGGGAAUGGCAUCAGAAUGGUGUUACUGUACUGUAUUGGGAUUUUUUUUACUGUUUUUCUGUUGUCUUCAGCACAGGUAGUAUAAGGUUAUGUUACUGUAGAACCACAGUGCCCAUCUUGCCAGCAGUGCCCCCCAACCCCAUACUCUAUAGCUGGGGGCUGAGCCUUUGCCUGGUCUGGGGCCAGACCCCUCAGGGUGCAGCUUUAAUGUUCAGUAUUGGGGAGGCCCCUGGGGGAGCCUGGUGCUGAGCCAGAAGAGGCUCCCUGGUGCUUCCGUCCUAAGCCACCACUCCCCACCCCUCCUUGCCUGCACACACACCCCCUACGCUCUUCUGCCCCCUCUGCCCUUCCCCUGAAAUGGUCCCCGGCAGCUGUGAUCCCAGAGCAGGACGCACGUCCCUCCCAUGUGGGCUCUACCCCAGCUUUUACAGUCUGGGCUUUGAACCCUUUAUGAUUGUUGUCUCUAGAUGAGUGGGCUCAGGGCCAGCACCCUGUCUCAAAGAUGCCAAAAUGAGGCUAGUUCUGGAUGAGCCAGCCAGUGGGGCUCAGCCUUAGGAACACACUGCUGCUCAGAUCCUAAGGCACUAAGCCCCCAGCUGUUCACAGGCCCAGGCCCUGAAGGCUGGUGGAACAGGAGCCAUGCCCUGAAGUUCCUGAGAGGGGCCCUUGCAGAAGGCUUGUGCUUUAAAGCCUUUUUCAGGGCUUCAGGCUUCCUUCUGCUCUGUGCCCACCCACUCUGGUUAAAGGGGUGAGUGGAAGGGCUUGCCAAGGAUCAUGGACACAGGGUAGGCCCUGGUACCACGGGUUUCAGGCUACUUAUCACUUUUCUUAUAGGAGCAUAGCCAGGAGCAGAUGAGGCAGGGGAGAGAGGGCUGGUCCCUCCUUUCCUCUCAUCUUCCCUCAGAUGUUAGUUAAAUUGUCUCCAGCAGUGGAAGGCCAGCGACUGUGAAUCCCGUGCUGUGUAUCCUUCCUGAGCCUCUGCUCACUCUCAGGACCAAGAAGCUCCCAAAAUGGGGCCCUCUCUUUAGAGGCAGGGCCAUAAUCUGAGGAGCAGUGCUGGAUUACAGGCAUUUUAGUAAGCAACCAUUAAACAGGUUCUGGCUGCCUGUUAAUGCAGUGAGGUCUCCUAAUUGGGUACAGUGAAAAACGAGCUAGAAGAACCCUGGCCCAGAAGACUGUGCUUGCUCCAGUAAGUCACAGUGACCCUGGGGUGAUGGCCUUGUGUUGAGGGGCCACUGGGAGUUGGUGCCCAAGCCUCUCCCUGUUCUCUCCCCAGGUGGCACUGGAGCCUCUUCCUGCCCUCAGCCUGGGCCUUCCCCAGUGGUGGUAAAGAUAAGCAUGAUUCCUCUCUCUUCAGCUCUUUUCAGAGGCACCCUGCCCACAGUGCCCAGUCCCAGGGACCCCCCCCCCGUCAGGUGGCCAAGAUGAUCACUCAUGCAGCUCUUGGGGAACCAAAAACCAGCACGAAAAUAAAGCUGAAUGACGGAG